UUAGAACCGUGCGAUUACUUCAUGAAAAAUUAAUUUUUCUCUGGAAUUUCUUGCAAGAACGCGGAGCAGAAACUAUACUAUAUUUAACUAUAUUAACUUUACUAUUCUAAGUUCCGCGUAAUCACGAUAAUAUCGUCUUACGACUCUCGUUAAUGCGUUCCCCUAUGAUAACAUCCAUCUCCCCACAUCGUUCAUUCAAUCAUGACGAUAGUACAACCAUAUACCAUAUACACAUAGAACGUUUAUAUACAUAGGACGUAUGUGUACAUUGGCACUUAUCUCGGGAUAAGCUUUGCUACACUGAAUCCCGAUUUAGUUCUCGGUAAAGCCACGGAUGAAUGCUAACUCAUUACGCACAUCUGUUCCGCGAAACUCUGCUUAACGCGAUCAACGUUUAAAUUCGUCGAAAUUUAAGCUGGAUGUCAGUCGUCGAACGAUCGAUCGCGAAUCAUCGCGGGUCGCACGCGGAUCGAUAGAACGGGCGACCCUCGUUUUCCUGAUCCUCAAGAUAAACGCGCGCGGCCCUGAACGGAUGAGAUGCGUGCGCGCGCGUGGGAUCCUAUCGAAUGACGGAGAAGCGCGUGGGCGGCCGCAGCCCGGAGGCGAGUGUGCAUUUUGUUCCGUCACGAGACUCAGCUUCUCCUUUCUCGCCAAAUUUCUUCGAACCGGACGGACAUCAUCCUUAUGUAGCAAGACAUCGGAAUAUGCUUGACAGCGUUUUAGCCGUGCUACUAGUAUGGACACUUGCGGUUCAGCAAGGAUUGUGUGGCAAAUUGGAGAAGGUCGCCCAACAGCCGAACAAUGUCCUGGUGGAUUAUUAUGCCUACCGUCACAUCUCGAUUAUCCACUUCAAUGUGCCCGAACUCUCCGUCGCGGUCGCUUUCAAAUUCACGACGAAAGAAGAGAAGACUGGCGGAAUAGGUAAAUGUCCGCCGCGCAAUGUCUCGUUGUACCUAAAGUCCGGCAGUCUGCCGUUCGUCCGUCCCGAUGAUUCGAAAGUGGCCGCGAAGUUGUUGGAGAUGAAGAAACGACGGCGAAAUUACGGCCUGAAGAUGCAGAGCAACGGCGAUCAAUAUGCGAUUAAGAUCGAGGCUCCGCCCCCGGGUGAUUGGUAUGCGAUCGCCUUCCGAUCUUGGACCGAUCCCGACACGGGAAAGAUCAGGCAGCAAGGUCUUAGCGCGUCCUGCGAAACUGUCUUGGACACCGAGAUGUUCGUGGAGACACCAGCAACGACGUCGCUGGUGGAUCCCAAGGAUGAGCACGAAGUGCAGUUGGACGAAACCUCCGAUACGGCGAUAGUGCGGUAUUUCGUCUCAGACGUCGGUCUGACCGAAGUGAAUUUGACCUUGAAAUCAUCCUGCGGCGAGUUUUGCGAGAUCGCCGUUCACGUUACGGCGGGGGAUAAUCUCGCCGAUGGUCUGCUCAAUUCCACAACGAUCGCGCUGCCCUUCAAGCCCUACGUCGGGGAUUUCCACUACGUGACCCUUCGUCUGGUGACCGGAAACGCGUCAAACGUGACGCUGCGAUUGCCGCUGGAACGUCGAAGCAACGCUGACGAUCAGGUGACGUCGGUGGUGCUGAUGAGGAAGUCCUUCCCGGAGUUCUUCCUCUUCGAUUACGAACACCUGUGCGGCAACGAGACGAAACCCCAGCCGUUCAACGUGACCGCCGAUGCUCUUUCCGUCCUUAGCUUCGAGAUCGGUCGGGUGUACGAUGUCGGUGGCACGGUGACUCUGGGCUUCAAGCUGGUCGACGUGGAGGAGAAGUGCAAGAAGAGCAUCGUCCUCGUGGCCUGCGUUUCCUUAGGUUAUUACUCCAACAUCACUUCGGGUGGCGCUUGCAUUCGCGCCCACGCCGUCACUACCGCAGAUGUAUACGUGAAUGCGACUGAACCUGCUUAUGUUCACGUGCCCUUUCCCGAGACGGGAACCUGGUACGUCAGUUUGCGCGUCUAUUGUCCCGAGGAAGAGGAAGCGACAACGAUGACGACGACGCUAACGACGACGAGCAACAGCAGCAUCCGCGGGACCAGCAGUCCUUGCUCUUGUGCCCGUAAUUGUCUGCAAGGUGACAUAGCAUGUGAUAGAUGCGACUGCUUGUCGCGCUGCCCCGUCGCCCAGGUGGAGAGCAUUGUGUCGUCAUCGCCCUGUAUCGAAGGUCGCUGCGGAGUCCGGGGCAAGUGUAUGCACUACAUGAGCGGCGGCUUCGUCUUCUCAGCGUGUUAUUGCACUGGUGGCUACCGAGGUUUCGACUGCGCGGACGCGACCUACGUCCUCAGCACCGGUGGCAUCCUCCUGCAGCUGCUCGCGCUGACCUUCAGCAACCUCGCCUUCCUCGGCUCGAUCUACGUGGCGAUACGCCGCGAGUACUUCACCGAGGCAGUCGCCUACGCCGCCGUCAUGUUCUUCUCGACGUUCUACCACGCCUGCGAGGCCGGUGAGGACGUUUACGGAGUGUGCAUCAUGCGGCUGAGCGUGCUGCAGUUCUGCGACUUCUUCAACGCGUUGCUCGCCAUCUGGGUGACUCUGGUGGCGAUGGCGUCGUUCGGGCCACGGGUGACUGCCUUCUGCCAGGUGGCUGGAGCGAUUGUCCUCGCUAUGGGUGCCGAGAUGGAUCGCACGGCGCUCUGGGUGUUUCUGCUGCCAGCUGUCACUGGUUCCGCCUUGAUCGGCCUGUCCUGGGGAUUCAGAUGCAGGAGAAAGCGAACUAUCAGAUAUCCCUCGCGUCCGUACAGGACUAUCUACUUCCCGGCCGGGUUUCUUCUCGUCUCUCUGGGCCUUGUGUGUUACGCCUUUCUGCAAACGCGCAAGAAUUAUUAUCUUGUUCAUAGUCUGUGGCAUGUGUGCGUGGCAAUAGGAGUUAUUUUACUUUUGCCAAAACGUCAACAUAUGAAGUGAUGGAGAAAUAGCGGAUUUAGGGUACAGUAAGUUCGAGGAGACCAGAAAUAUUAUCAGAAAAACGCGUGAUAGUAAGUAACCAAAGAGACUUCAGGGAAUUAUUAAGAUAUUAUAAAUAUAUAGAUGUCAUCGAGACGAUUUGACGACUUUUAUUAUAUAAAAGAAAUCAGGUGCCAAUUUUAUUUCGGAAAUUUAUGUUAUUUUAUAGUUUUAAA